AUGAGCCAGGAUGUCUCUUCUUCACCCGCAGAGCCCACAGCUUCUGCUGCUGCUCCUUCAGAUCUCCGCUACGUGCGCUACGAUGGCUCUCGCGAAAAUGAAUACGUCUCCGCAAUGAGACAGCUUAUUUCUAAAGAUCUGUCGGAACCGUACAGCAUCUACGUCUACCGCUACUUCCUCUAUCAAUGGGGGGAUCUCUGCUUCAUGGCCAUGGACGAUACAAAGGAGAAAGACUACAUGGUAGGCGUGGUGGUUUCGAAACUCGAACCGCACCGGGGCGGUCCGCUGAGGGGGUAUAUUGCCAUGCUGGCUGUGCGGGAGGAGUACCGCGGGCGAGGGAUAGCGACCAAGUUGGUGCGGAUGGCAAUUGAUGCGAUGAUAGAGCGGGAUGCCGAUGAGAUUGUCCUAGAGACGGAGAUCACAAACACUGCUGCCAUCAAGCUGUAUGAGCGCCUGGGCUUUUUGCGAAGUAAACGUCUUCAUCGGUAUUACCUGAAUGGCAAUUCUGCAUACCGGCUGGUGUUAUACCUUAAAGAGGGGGUAGGCUCCAUCCGAACGAGCAUGGAUCCGUACGGAGCUCCAAUACCUCCUCCGGCCCCGGCUCUUCUGCAUGAGAACGGCCGUGGGUGA